AUGAGGCAGUCACCAUACAGCCUCCGCACUGGCAUUUAUCCCGAGAUUGACCCAGAUCGACUCACAGGCUCACUAGCAGGCAAGAAUGUCCUGAUAACAGGUUCUGGCAGGGGUAUCGGCCGGGAGAUUGCACUCGCCAUGGCGCGAGCCGGGGCUAAUGUUUGCGUCACGGCACGAACAAGCAGCCAGGUCGAGGAAACAAAAGCCGAAAUUGUGAGCUUAGGUCUCGAUGGCAAGGUCAUUGGCAUUGUGGCCAAUGUACUAAAGCUUGACGAUCAAGAACGCCUCGUACGCGAAUUCCGUGAACAACUCGGCCCCGUCGACGUGUUGGUGUGCAAUGCCGGAAGCAAUAUCUUUCAGCCUUUCCACUUGACAAAUGCAACCGAUUGGUGGGACAUCAUGGAGUUGAACGUGCGAGCACCAGUUGAGCUCACCCGACUCGUCAUCCCAGAAAUGCGCGAGAGGAACCAAGCCGUCAUAAUCUACACUUCAUCACGAGCUGCCAAGGCGGACCUCCCAUGGACCACAGCAUACAACUGUGCCAAGACGUCUAUCACCAGAUUCGCGGGCACUCUGCAGGUCGAGCUCGAUCAAGUGCAGAGGAUUGAGAAGGGGGUGGAUAACAACAUAUCCGUCUUCAGCAUUCACCCGGGCGAGGUAGAGACUAACCUUCACGAGACGGCGUUCCCCGAGAGAACAAAACGAGAGGCCCCUUACGUUAUCGAGCACAUGAAUAAGAUAGGUGCCAAGAGACCUCAUUUUGAGGCCGCCUUGCCAGCAUGGACUUUUUUUGACAGACCUGUUCGAGAAGAAGUGAAGGAAAAGCCUUGUGUUUAUGGUCUGGAUGCGCCAUUGGCAAAGGCGGCGGUUAUUUCUUGA